GAAAAGAGUUCCGUGGCAGUUGAGGGAGUCUUCCAGGAGCUGUGGAGUCAUAAUCAUCAAGGCCACACUAGACUGGCCAAGAUGCGUUUCAACCUCAUCUCCAUCAUCCCGGCGUUACUUUUCAUCAAAAGCAUCAGCAUCCUGGUCGUCGUUUUCUUUAACCCCUCCUGGGCUCUCUUCUAUAACUAUGAAUACGAGGCCUUGGUGAUGGCCAACCCAUGGAUCAUAUGUGUGAGGAAGCAGUGUAAGAUCAUCAAGAGCAUAGGACAAGCCGAAAUCUGUCGCGUGUGUCUGGUGAUAUCCCUGAUCCUGUCUUUGCCUCUGGGCAUUAGCGUGCUGGCCCACAUCUUCGGCCUGCUGUCCAGCUCGCUGCCAGAGACCAUGCCCUUCUUCACGAGCAUCCUCUGUCUGACAAACGGUGUGAUCAUGUUUCUCGGCUUCAUCUUCUUCCACCUCCUGGUGACUCAACUUAAGUUCCUACUGAGGAUGUUCGACAUGUGGCUCAACUGGCCCUCCUACUUGAUCCUGGUGUCCUCGGUGAUCUACAUCGUGGUCGGGUCCAUCAUAUUCCAUUAUCACCUUCAUCUCCUCACUUCCAAGAAACAGCCUUUAGAGAAGGAGGAGGUUUCCCAAAACACAAUUGUCUCGAAGAGUUUGAAAAGUUUCUUUGCCUCCAAAAUGACUGAAAAAUCUGUUGCCACAAAGACCAAAGCAACCAUCACCAGAGGUCUUGAUGUCUUCUGGCACCCAAAGUUCAAAAGAUCUCGAACUUCAACUCAUGGGAAGUUCCAACUCUUUAAAAGAGCUUCUAUUUCCCAGCUGUCUAACAGAUCCUGGAUCUCUGAGCAGCCUUGGGUCUCCCAAAACCCUAAAACCUCUUCCUACCCCAUGGGCUUUAAGGUUCAGCCGAUCAUUAUGAAUCCCCUUCCCUCUGUGGUUUCUGAUAUUCAAAGUACUUCAAGUCACACAAAACCCUAAAGUCUUGCUCCCAAGAGCUUAGACACCUCUCAUCGUUGCUCUCUCCCUACGGUCACGAUUCUCCUUCUGGAGGAGUCCUUCCCCCCAUCCUGAUGCUGGUGGAGGUGUCUAACCUUUGUCCUUUCCCACAUACCUCCCCUUCCCUGAGCAAGCCAAGAUUUGCCCUCUCUGUGAGAUCCAUCUCUACCCUGUUGAGGUCCUUGUGUAGACAGGAGCAUGGAUCUUGACUGUGGUGAAGCCAGGUGGAGCAGAAAAUAAGGAAGAUGUGUGAAGACAGAAGGAUAAAAAGAGAUGGAUGUCUAUUUCCUACAACGUGUUGUCAUUAAAGAAAGCCUGAGGCUUCUUCCUGA